ACUGAUUUUAUGUGCAGAAUUUCCGAACACGUGCAAGUCACAACGCAGUACUACCUCCACUUCACUAGAGAGAGAGAGAGAGAGACAGAGAGACAGAGACAGAGAGAGGAGAGUGGUGCGAUGGUGAGCAACAAGCAAGUGGUGCUGAGGGACUACGUGAGCGGGUUUCCCACGGAGGAGGACAUGGUGGUGAGGAUGGGAGAGAUGAAGCUGGAGGUUCCUCCAGGGUCGAAAGCAGUGGUGGUGAAGAAUCUCUACUUGUCGUGCGACACCUACAUGCGCCUCCUCAUGAACCGCAGCACCACCGACUUGCUCACGCCUUACACUCCCGGCUCGACAAUUGCUGGGUUUGGAGUGGCCAGGAUUGUGGACUCUGGGAGCCCAAAUUUCAAAGUAGGCGAUUUAGUUUGGGGCACGACUGGAUGGGAAGAGUACAGUCUCAUCACCAAGACUGAAGACCUCAAGAAAAUUGAGCACACUGAUGUGCCUCUUUCUUACUUCCUUGGCAUUCUUGGUAUGCCGGGGAUGACCGCUUAUGUUGGCUUCUACAAGGUAUGUUCUGCUAAGAAAGGAGACACCGUCUUCAUAUCGGCAGCGUCCGGUGCAAUUGGACAGAUUGUGGGACAGUUCGCAAAGUUGACGGGGUGUUAUGUUGUUGGCUGCGCUGGAAGUAAAGAAAAGGUUGAUUUGUUGAAGAACAGGUUUGGUUUCGAUGAUGCCUUUAACUAUAAAGAAGAACGCAAUCUCGCUGCUGCUUUGAAGAGAUAUUUCCCUGAAGGUAUCGAUAUCUAUUACGAUAAUGUCGGGGGCAAAAUGCUCGACGCGGUGCUCCUUAACAUGAGAUUUCAAGGCAGGAUAACUUUAUGUGGUAUGGUGUCGCAGUACAACAGCGAUUCGCAGGAGGGAGUGCAUAACUUGAUGCACGCCAUCUACAAAAGAGUCCGUAUUGAGGGAUUCGCGGUCCAAGAUCACUGCCACGAGUACCCCAAGUUCCUGGAAUUUCUGCUGCCUCACAUCAGGGAGGGGAAGAUUGUGUACGUCGAAGAUACAGCCGAGGGGCUCGAGAACGGUCCGUCGGCUUUGGUCGCACUCUUGAAAGGGCGCAACGUCGGAAAACAGCUAGUAGUAGUAGCAAGAGAAUGAGGACGUGCACUUCGUGUGUUGGAUCUACUCUGCUGUGAUGAGAAUUGAGUUUGACAACCAGUCUGAUGGCAAUAAUGAAAUAAAGGCUGUUCCCGUAA